UGUUAAAUUGAUCAUCGUACAAAGCGCACGGGAGAGCGUUAAAAGCGCGCGCGUUUCGAUAAAGUGAAUUAAAUAAACAUUUUAAAUUAAUUUAGCCUUUAAUUAUUAGUAAAUUGUGUUGUUUGGAAGGAAAUGAUGUAUUGAACGGAGCAACAAGCCUGUUGGUCCACCAAUCAACAUGUACAAAUAUAUAAACGUCUUGCUAGUAAUAGUUUUAAUUUUAGUCCAGACCAAUUCUUUAAUGUAUAAUGAAAAUAAUACAGAAGUAAGAUAUUUAACAGAGAAAGAUAAAGAAACAGAUUUAGGAAAUGACACGAAGCGAACAGAAAACAAUUGUUUAGGCGAUGAAGAAUACUGUAACUUGACUAGGCAAGACUACGAAGAAAUGUUGUACGAAUACAUAUACCCACACACAUACGAAUGGGUGUUGAUAGGCACACACACAGUGGUAUUUGUGAUGGGAUUGGUCGGCAACGCGUUAGUGUGUGUGGCUGUUUAUAGGAACCACACGAUGCGAACUGUGACGAACUAUUUCAUAGUGAAUUUGGCUGUGGCGGACUUUAUGGUGAUAUUGUUCUGUUUGCCGCCAACUGUUGUGUGGGAUGUGACUGAGACCUGGUUCCUUGGUGAUGCUCUGUGCAAAAUACUGCUGUAUUUCCAGUCAGUGUCAGUCUCAGUGUCAGUUCUGACGCUCACUUUCAUCUCGGUGGACCGCUGGUACGCGAUCUGCUUCCCGCUCAAGUUCAAGUCCACCACCGGCCGCGCCAAGACCGCCAUACUCAUCAUCUGGCUGCUCUCUCUGCUGUUCAAUGCUCCAGAGCUGGUGGUCCUGACGGCUCUGAAGCCGGUUCCACUUCGAUUCGAUCUGGAGCUGCUCAUGCAGUGUAUGCCCACUUGGUCUGCUAACAGUGACCUCGUCUGGCAUCUCAUGAAGGUCGUCUUUAUUUACACGAUCCCCCUUAUGCUGAUGACGGUAGCAUACUACCAGAUCGUAAAGGUACUGUGGAAGUCAGACAAGAUUCCUGGACAAGCUGAGACGAUCAAAUUGGCUCCGGCAGAGCAAACACAACUCCGCUCCAGAAGGAAAGCAGCGAAGAUGCUUGUCGCUGUGGUAGUAAUGUUUGCCGUCUGCUACUUCCCUGUCCAUCUCCUCUCGGUUCUCAGGUACACCGUGGACAUGGAGCAGACAGACGUUUUGUCAACAGUCGCGCUGAUCUCACAUGUGAUGUGCUACUCGAACUCUGCUAUCAAUCCACUCAUCUACAACUUCAUGAGCGGCAAAUUCCGUCGUGAAUUCCGUCGUUCCUUCUGCUGCUCCCGGAUUCCUUCCCAGGACAAUUUCACGACCCUCACGCGAGUCACCACCUCCAAGGGCAAACGAUGCGAGUUCGUCACCUUCCAGAGCAGCAACCACCCCUAUUAUAGAAACGUCUGCAGCACCACAUUUAUCGACAAUCGAUAUAAAAAUGGCCACAAUGGUUAUGUCACAUAGAUGCAUAAAAUUAGUGGGGUACUAAAGGCAACUUGGCGAAUAGGGUAAUUGACAAGGUCAGAAAAUUGUAAAAAAUAUGUAUAAUCUAAGAUGAAAUUGAUAUAUUUAUAUAUAUAUAUCAUUUUGAUAAUAAAUUCAUAGACUGUAACCUGUUACAGUGCAGCUGGAUCUAAAUACGAAGAUUUAAUGUUGUUUGGAAAGUCCAUUUUUAAAAAGUA